GUCCCCCACUCAAUCCACUCCACAGCAGAGAGUUCACGUGUCACAUCCUCGUCGUGCUUGUCGCGUAUCGCACUCCUUUCACUUGUGUCACACGGCUUUGCACGGCUUUAUUCUUCGUUACUGCUGUUCCUCUCGACUUAGCUCACCAGUCGCAGCUGUCUGCUGCUACACCCUGACUCUACCCCGCUGAGCAAUCCGUCAUCUGCCGUCUGCCCUCUGCCUCCUUCCGUCUCGCCCAGGUGCCUCGUAUUGAGAAAUCUCAAAAACAGUUUCUCGUUCACCCUCCAGACUCUCCGACCUGGACUCAAACCUUGGGAUUGCCGCCGCCAUGCAUACCGCCCCCCCGCCGGUAGAUUCCCCUUCCGCCGCGCAGGACGCCGGCGCAGUUGGCGGAGCGGACGGGUACUCCGUGGAUCCUUUUGCGGAUCCUUUGGCGCAGCCGCAUAUGGCGGAGAGAGAGGCGGAGCCCUCUGCGGACAGGGACUCCGCGGGUGCUGCUUUCCCCCCCGCCGCUGCUGCCCCCGACAUCCAACACCCGCUUCACCCGCUGCACCCGCUGCAGCCUCAGGCAGCCGCGCACGGCGGCCCGCCGCAACCCUCCGCGCAGGCGCCUCUUCCGCUCCCGCACGACGCGUUAGCCGCCGCGCAGGGGCGGGGCGCGCGGGAGCGGGAGGCGGCAGAGGCGGAAGGCGAGGCGCUGUCGGUGCGGUUCAACCAGGACUUCUCGUGCUUCGCGUGUGGCACGCGCAGCGGGUUCCGCGUGUUCUGCUGCGACCCGCUGUGGGAGACGAUCCGGCGCGAGUUCGACGGACGCAGCGUGGGCAUGGUGGAAAUGCUGUUUCGCUGCAACUUCCUCGCUAUUGUUGGUGGCGGGCCCAACCCCUGCUACCCGCCCAACAAGGCGAUGAUAUGGGACGACAACCAGAGCCGGUGCAUAGGCGAGCUGACGUUCCGCAGCGAGGUGAGGGGCGUGCGGCUGCGGCGGGAUCGCAUCGUGGUGGUGCUGGAGCACAAGGUGUACGUCUACAACUUCGCCGACCUCAAGCUGCUGCACCAGGUGGAGACGCUCUCCAACCCCAGGGGCCUGUGCGAGGUGUCCCAGUCGGCCGGCAGCUUUGUCAUGGCGUGCCCGGGCAAGCACCGGCAGCAGAUCCGAGUGGAGCUGUUCGACCAGCGCCGCACCAACUUCAUAGCAGCUCAUGACUCGGAACCCGCCUGCAUCGCACUCACUCUGGACGGGCAACGCCUGGCGACGGCCAGCAGCAAGGGCACGCUGAUCCGCGUGUUCAACACCGCUGAUGGGUUGAAGCUGCACGAGCUGCGCCGGGGAGUGGAGCGAGCCGACAUCUACAGCCUGGUGUUCUCCCCCAAGGCGCCCUUCCUGGUGGCAGCCAGCGACAGAGGCACAGUGCACGUGUUCUCAGUGGGGCACUCGCAGCCACAGGGGCAGGGGCAGGAGGAUGGGGGGGGAGGAGGAGGGGGGAAGGGAGGAGGGAGCAGCGGAGCAGUGUCGGCACUCUCUUCGUUCGGGUUGAUGAAAGGCGUGCUCCCCAAGUACUUCAGUGACGAGCGCUCCCUUGCUUUCUACCGCAUUGGCGUGCACACUCGCAUGCUCGCGGCAUUUGGGGCCGAGGCGAACACCGUCAUCGUGGUCGGCAGCGGUGGCGCAUUCUACAAGCUUCAAUUCGACCCGCAUGCAGGCGGUGAAAUGAGACUGCUGGAGGCAGCCAAUUUCCUCGCGACAGAAGAUGAGCAGAUCUGAUUCGACCGAUCUUGAAGCGUUGCAAGCAACACACGAGUGGGCAUGAAUUUGGAAGGGGCGCUUUCACAAAGACUUGUGGGAUAGGCACUACUAAGGAUCAAUUGUAUAUUACGGACCAUUCUGUAUCUUAAUGUACCGCUUCCAUUAAAAAUGCAUCAAACAA